CAGGUUUUCUUUGCAGCAUAGAGACUACAUGGCCUCCUCCUACGGCUUUGAUACUCGACACUCCUAACUUGGACCCGUUUUAUUAGCAACUUUUGAGUUCAUUGCUUUCAGUAGACAUUGAAUUGUAAAGGGAAUUACAGCACAUAAGCUGUUUUUUUUGUAGGAUAAACUUUAUAGAACAAGCAGUUUGGGAACUUCUGCAGGUUUUAUCUUCAGUUUGCUUCUUCUUUUUUUCCAGAACUCCUCCUUUGUUGCAGAAACAGAUGCGUCUUCCUGUUCAUAACUAGGAGCCUCUCAACAAACCCUGACUGCAUUGGAGAAAACCAGACUUCCAAGUAAAGACCACCUCGUCGCAAUGUCCUGUGAUGAAGACCCUUACAUUUUCUCCAGCGACACUCUACCCAGUGACCGGCGCUUCCUCCCUCCACUGGCCAAUGGACUUCUGGGAUGGAGGGUGUAUAGCAAUACCAUGCAUAUGGGUGGUGUAUAUAACGGGGAGGGUGGACGUUGUCACCGAGCAGAUGUUCCCUGUCCUCUCACUGUGAAGGUUGAGACAGAUGAAGCAGCCCAGCACACCUACAGCCUGGACACCCACACAGGCAUUUUUACCCACACUCUGAGCUCAGCGAGUGUAACAGUCACACAAUCUCUGUAUUCACACCGAUACUACCCCAACCUAAUGGUGAUGGAGAUUCUGUUGGUGCGUCAGAUGACUUCAGAGGAGCCAAUCCCUGUUAGGCUGGUCAGUUCAUUCACGCCUCAGAGCAAAGACAUUGUUUUCGAGUCUGGUCCUGAUUACAAAGGAGGAAGUCACAUCCAAGGAAAAGUGACCACUGCUGAGUUCCCAGGAGGUUCCUGUCCCACAGUGCACCUUAUCUGGACCCACAUACCCCCCACUCUGACACUGCUUCCAGAGCAGAGCCAGGCUCGCUGGGGCUUCAUCCUGGUUGUGGCCAAUAGUUUAGACACUGCUGAGGCCAAUUUUGACGAGGGCCUGAAUCUGAUGGCGACUGGUAACCUGCGUCCGUCUCACGAGAAGGCCUGGAAAGAACUGUGGCUGGAGAGCCAGGUGGAGGUGGCAGGGUCAGAGAGACUCUGCAAGGCUCUGAUUGGCUGCAUGUUUUACCUCCUCAGCGCCUUCCCCUCCAUACAUGACACCUCCGGCUCGUUUGGUGGAGUCAGUCCAGGAGGGUUGUCUAAUGGUGGGGAUGGUCAGGACUACUGGGGCCACGUUUUCUGGGACCAGGACAUCUGGAUGUAUCCUGGCAUAGCCCUCUUCUACCCCAAGCUAGCCCGAGCUGUGCUAGAGUACAGGGUGGGAACUAUAGAUGGCGCAAAAGACAACGCCCAAAAGCAGGGCUUCAAGGGACUGAAGUUCCCAUGGGAGAGUGCAGUGUCAGGGAGGGAGGUGUGUCCAGAAGACAUUUAUGGACAACAAGAGAUUCACAUAAAUGGAGAUGUCACCCUGGCCUUCCAACACUAUCUCUACUUCACUGAGGAUCUGUCCAUGUUCACAGAGGGCCGGGGCAGGGAGGUGAUAUACGGUGUGGCUGAUUACUGGGUUUCUAGAGCAUCAUGGAACCCUGAGGACCAGAAGUACCAUCUCUUAGGUGUCAUGCCACCUGAUGAGUAUUAUUACAAUGUCAACAACUCUGUGUACACAAACACAGUGGCCAAAUUCAGUCUCCAGUUUGCUGUGGAAUUGGCUGACCGCCUCCAACAUCCUGCACCAAAGGAAUGGAAAGAAGUGGCCGAACACCUCAAAAUACCUUUUGACCAAGAAGCCCAGUACCAUCCUGAGUUUGAUGGCUAUAUCAAAGGUCAUCCAGUGAAGCAGGCAGACACAGUGAUGUUGGGUUAUCCUCUUGGAUUGCAAAUGUCCCCAGAGAUCAGGAGAAAUGACCUUGAAGCAUAUGAGCCAGUAACAGACCCUAAUGGUCCAGCUAUGACAUGGGGUAUGUUUGCAAUCGGCUGGCUGGAGCUGGGGGAGGCUGAGAAAGCUCAACAUUUACUUGAGAAGUGCUUCAAAAACAUCCAGGGACCGUUCCAGGUAUGGAGUGAAUCAUCAGAUGGCUCUGGUGCAGUCAAUUUUCUUACGGGGAUGGGGGGAUUCCUGCAAGCUGUGCUGUUUGGUUAUACUGGCUUCAGAGUGCAGAAGGAAUGCCUGGCCUUCUCCCCUGUUCUUCCCAAUGACAUUUCUGAGCUCUGCGUGCGUGGUGUGAACUACCUGGGCAGUCAGAUGGACUGGCUGCUGAGGAAAGACGAAGUUUGUAUCAUACUGAGGGAACAGGCAAACAGUGCCGGCAACACUCAGUCUUGUGAUCUGCAGGUUAUCUUGAAGGCAUCAGGAACUGAAAUCCCUCUCACACCAGGGAAGCCGGUAACUUUUCCUCCAGAGCCUGGGUGUGUUUGUAAACUGGCUGUGACGUCUUCCUGUUGGCCUCUCUGAAACGGAGACCAUGACCCUCCUCAUCAUUCCAUUUACCAUCAAUAAAAUAUAUGUUGAGCAAGUUAUUUUAUAUCUAAGCUAAGUUGUAUGCUGCCAUUCAUUUAGGAAAUCAUGGACAAAAUGUAUGAAAUUCUUACAACAUUAUUAUAGUAUUAUAAUUUGCUACAUUACAAAACCAUUAACAAAUUAUAUAUUUUCAAUUAAACAUAUUCAAAUAUAA